GUAUACUAAGAAAAAAAAACCGCGUAAAAAUAGCUGCGGAGGAUAUCGGGUAAUGCGUAAAAAGAUCAUAACUUUUUAUAGGUGUCUCUGAUGAUAUUUGAAUCUGUGGAAACAUCACAAAAUCCUAAAAAUCUGUGGUAUAAAUAAUAUAGAAAUUUGAAUGGUGUUGUGUUUUGAAUUUGAACUUUUGACCUUUUUAGCUAAUUAUUAUUUAUUUUAAAUCUAAGCUAUUAUAUCAAUUUAAAGUUAAAAUGUCUCAAGGUAAAAUUGUUUUGAUGGCUUGUGGAAGCUUUAGUCCGCCGACGUACAUGCAUUUACGAAUGUUUGAAAUCGCAAAAGACUAUAUACAUUCCCUUGGUCUUGGUGUAAUAGUUGGAGGUAUAGUAUCACCAGUACAUGAUGCAUAUGGAAAAAAAGAUUUAGUUGCUGCAAAUCAUAGGAUAGCAAUGCUCAAGUUAGCAUUACGGUCGUCUGGCUGGAUUAAAGUGUCAGAGUGGGAGACUCAGCAGACUGGCUGGACAAGAACAAGAGCAUCUAUGCAAUACCAUCAAAACAUAAUAAAUACGGCAAAUCACACGGAUCCUCCGUCAUGGUUACCAGACGACAUCCUCAACGUUAACAUCGAAGACCAAAACUCGAAUCACAUAAAUGGUAACAAUGAAGACGUAACAGUUAAGUUGUUAUGCGGCGCCGAUCUAUUAGAGUCCUUUGCCACUCCAGGGUUGUGGUCUGAUGAUGACUUAGAAGCGAUUUUGGGUCGUCAUGGCAUAGUGGUUGUGUCUCGGGCCGGCAGCGACCCUGGCAGGUUCAUAUACGAGUCAGACAUGCUUUAUAAAUAUAGAAAAAACGUAAUACUGGUAACAAAUUAUAUAGUGAACGAAGUAAGCUCGACGGUUCUCAGGCGGCUUUUGCGCAGGAACGAAAGCGCUAAAUACUUGACAGAUGACAACGUCAUCUCUUACGUACGACAGAAUCAACUUUAUGGGAGUAAGGCCAAUGUCACUGAGUAUAACACAGAUAUUAUGUAUGAUAAGUCCCCGCAAGAUGUCGUUAUGGCGUCGCCAGAGGAGACUAGCUUCAAAAACAUUCUCAUCUCAAUCAGAGACAAGCCUUCAAUAAUCGACGAAACUAUAACUGUCAAACGGUCCAAAAAGUCCAUUCUAUCCCACACGGACACUGUGACGCCCAUAAACAACCUAAAACCAAAGAUGGCGUACAUUGACAAGGUGUCACCAACCUACGUACCUGGGAAAGCUGUCAAAAUCGUCAGUGACGUCACUCAACAUACCAUAGACAAGGUAGGUGUUGAAACUCAUUCGCUUGACAGUUUUUUGGACAACUACGAUUUGAGCAAGCGUAGGUUGAGCGAAGGAAAUGUUGAGAAGAAAAUACCCAAAAAGAGAUGUUCUUCUUCGACUAUAAGGAAACUAAAACCCGAUGAGAUGAAAAAAAGUAAGUCUGAAGUGAGUAAGUUGUGUGAUAAAGUCAAAAGUAUUAAACUUAAAGAUGAGAGUAGAAAUUAUAAAACCCGCAGUUGUAACGAUAUAGUUAAACUCAUUCUGACCAAACACGGUAUCCAUGUGAUUAGCGACACUGAAGCGAUUGUCUAAUGUUUUUUAAUUAUUUAAAUAAGGGCUGAUUUUUCGAAUUUCUCAAGUUUAAUGUGGUAAUUUAGUUUUGUCAUACGUUAUCCUAUUUCUUCUAUAAACGUUUUGUGUAGUCAGGCUGACAAAGUUAUUUACGAAUUUGUAAUGAAUUUAGCACAAAACAAGUCAAUAAUUUACUAAAUAAUAUAUUGUAAAUUUUAUAGGCGUUUAUAAAGACUUAUAAAUCUUACACCCGCACUUAUUGUAUCAAUAUUAUAAUAUAUUUAGAAUAUCGUAUAAUUUUUACGCACAUUUUUUAGUUUAAAAAGACAGAUGCUCAAAUUUGUACUUCCUUUAGAGUAAUUACUAUCUUAGACUUAUUGAAUUAUAUAAUGUCUUUCUAUCUAUGUGUAUAAACCUUUACGACUUAUAGUAUAUAAGAGGUUUUAUUUUUAUCAUAAAAAUUAUUUAAAAAUAUCUGUGAAAUAUAAUACAAAUCUAUAUUGAUUGUUGAAAAUGAUGUAAUCUCGAGAAAUUACGUUUCAUUAUUUAAAAUGUAUGCAUAUUCCAUUGCACAUACAUAAAUGUAUGUCAAAAGCUCGCAGGGGUUUACAUUACAAUUCUUAAACUUAGUAUAAAUUGUUACAUUUUAAAUGUUUAUUAUAUGUAAAUAGGGUCGAAUUAAUUGAUGUUGAAAUAUUUUAUGAUUCUUGAAAAAUAAUUAAAAUUCGGCCGUUUCUGUAUUUGUGUCAAAUUAUACUGUGAUAGUCGUAAACGUAGUGUCAAAUAUUGUGUAUCUUUUUUUUUGUUGUUUAAAUAUGACCUAUAAUAAAUAAUUUUGUACCGACAAUCCCUAAAUAAUAUAACCUUAUCUUUUUCUUACACGAUUUAUCAUAAAUUUUCAUGUAAAAGAGUCUUCUUUGCCGAUGAAUAGGAAUUUUGUGACAAAUUUAAUAACGUGGAAUACCUGUAUUCCAAAAUAAACACAUUUUAUCUUAUUUUUAUUUUAUCACAGCUUGAUCAUUUGUUAAUUUUUAACUAAUUCGCGUAGUUAAAUUAUCGAAUUGGAUGAAAAAAUUAUGAAUUGCACAAGUAUUUUUGUUAUAAUUUUUUUCGUAUAAAUGUAUAAUUAAACGUAGUAGAAAAUGUAAUACGACAUGUAAUGUAGGAAUGAAAAACAACUCGACUCGUAUGGAGAUGCUGUUAAUCCUAUCUUCCCACACACCCGUGUGUUUGUAGUUUUAACAGUGAUAACUUCGGUGGCUAUGAUAUUUUCGUAAUGUUAAGUUUUGAUGUCUUCUAAGUAAAGCUUCUAUGGAAAAUUAUUUAAUAAAUAUUUACUGUGACAGUGAACUUUUAUUGUAGUCCCCCUAGUUUUUGUAUUCUGUCGAGGCUUUACGUUUCUCCUAUACGGCAUGUAUUUCGUUUGUAUUUUGUUAGCUCUUUGAAUCUAGCUCCUUUUAGUAAUGUCUAUAGUUAUAGUAUUUUUGUUUAUAACCUAAUUAUAAUAUAAAUAGACCCUUGUAAAAUUUAUCAGUUUGAUGUGUCGCUCUAAUAUUUAUGUUUUAACAUAAAUGAGCACGUAGUUUGUUUUUGGCUUCAGGCGAAUAGUUUCGUAUGUUUUUAAAUGUUUGUAUUUUUUAAAAUCAGGAUACGACCGAUACGUAUGUAUAAUCAGAAGAUAUUACUAUUUCGUUUUAUCUCGGUGAAGAGUUAGUUAAUGUUAAUAUUUAAUACAUUCUUGAGACAUUAAGAUCACACAUUUAUAACAAAAUCUGUUCAGUGUUUUAUAGGUAAAAGUGAUGGAAGGUAAAAACUUAGUUUUCCUUACUGUUGUAGCGUCUGUGUCAGUAAUAGAUGUUUUUGUAUUAGAUAUGUAGAUUUCGAUUUAUUUUCACGUAAUGCAUAUUUAUCAUUUUUGUAUAUGUUAGUUUGUUCUA